AGUCGAUGUACAAGAAAGCAUACAUUUGCGACCCACAUAACUCUCACGCAGUCUCUCUAAUCAAGAGAACUGACCCACAAGUGCAGGAAAUAUACUCUGCAAUCUACCAGAGAAUAGAUAGAAAACGAGACAUCAUAGCCCAAGUUCCACAUAGUGACCCAAAACUGCGACGCGCAAUGCGAGAGACCUACUAUCUUCACAUUUACCACACGAAUGCAAUCGAAGGAAACAGCAUGUCUUUACUGCAGACAAGGUCGAUCAUAGAAACCGGUUAUGUAGUUCCUGGAAAAACUGUAAAAGAACACACAGAAGUGCUCGGUUUACAUGAUGCUCUGGGCUUUAUUAACUCUACACUAGUUAAUAAACAUGGUCCAAUAACUAUGGAAGAUUUACUUAGUAUUCAUAAACGUGUAAUGGGUUACACCGACCCACAUAUUGCAGGAGCGUUUCGAAAUCAUCAAGUAUAUAUAGCUAAUCACAUACCACCUGCGCCUGGACUUAUAGAACAAGAAAUGGACAAUUUUUUCCUCUGGCUCAAAUCGGAAAGUAUUUUGAAAUUGCAUCCAAUAGAGCUAGCUGGUUUGGCUCAUUACUGGCUUGUACAUAUCCAUCCUUUUGUAGACGGAAAUGGAAGAACGGCGAGGUUGCUGAUGAAUUUGAUUUUAAUGCAAUCGGGAUUCCCGCCUGUAACGAUCAGCUUUUCGGAUAGAUUAGCAUACUAUGAAUUUCUUCAGCUCGGAAAUGAGGGUGAUAUUCGACCUUUCCUGAGGUUCGUGGCAAGUUGCACGGAGAGAUCCCUAGAUGCGUAUUUAGAAGUAACAGGAAAGCAUAUUUUACCUGUUGACGAAAAUGAUCGAGAUGAUCAUGAAAGUCGAAAAAUGAGAAUUGAAUCGCUGUUUGAAAACGCUAUUCCAUUGUCGUAUGAAAUUGACAGAGUCGAUGGCUCAAACGAAGAGAAUUUGACGGUAAAUAUUGAUUCAGCUGGCGAGAUUAAACACGAUAAUAGCGUCGAUAAUGUCAAAUUUGGACCAUCAGAAAUGAGGUCAAAUAACCCGCUAGAGAGCGAACCCAAAUGUCCUUUUGAGGAUGAGUUCUGCAAAUAAAUCAAACCGCUAGGCUGUGCUUUGAAAUAUAUGUGAAGUUGUACCAAGUUAACAAAUUAUAUCUCGUUUGGACGGUCAUUUGUCCUCGGUGGAUAGUUAGAAAUAGUUUUGAUAGAUUAGAAAUUCAUGAAUUGAUCAAUGGAAGGGUGUUUUAAAAAAGCCAAAUUUAAAAUUUAUGUGAUGUCUGUCUAUCUUAUCUUGAUCUUUUGAGAUAGUUUUAAAACGAAGAGGUCAGUCAUAAAAGGUAGAGGUUAGUUUUAGU